AUCAAGAUAUCGAGUAGGUUUGUGAAACACGAUGAGGAUCCGUAAACUCAUCUCUCAGAAAAAAAUCUCAGCACCUAAUCCUUCUUCGAAUAAUCUUUCUUCAUCUGUUUCUUCUAUCCCUUCUUCAUGUCCUGCUGCUGCUGCUACUAGUACUGUUUCAACUUCAACAACUGGUUUAAAGGAGAAGGAGGCGGACCCUGUGAACAUUUUACAGAAACAUCAUGUUGGUGUUUGUGAGCUAAAUAUGUCAGUAUGGGAUGUGACUGCAGAUGACGAGCUUCUCUAUUACCGCAAAGAUGAAGAGAUUUCUAAGGUUAUAAAGAACGAAGAUAAAGAAGAAAAAGAUUAUCAUGAUGAGGAUAAAAUUCCAGAUGAAUCAGUUGAUACAGAAGAAUAUCGAAUAAGUACUGAAGAAGAUGAUAGUGGAUCCGAAGAAGAUGAUCAUGAAGAAACUGAUGAAGAAGAAGAAUUGAAAGAGGAACAAAAUGCAACGGAGAAUAAUGGGACACCAGGGCUAAAACCAGUGAUCAAGGAUGAUGAUGAUAAGAAGAGGAAAAGAGAUUACGAAGAAAAUCAUAUUGAAUCCGAAGAAGACAUUGAAGAAACUGAAGUAGACAAUGAAGGGAAGUUAGGGUUAAAAUCAGAGAAGAAAAAGAAGAAGAAACUAGAAAGUGAUUCCGAUCCCGAUUACGAUGGGAAACGCUGGCAUUGUCGAUCCAAAGCACAAACAGGGAAUCCAUUGUGUGAACAUCAUAUGAUUCAAAUGGAACGUUAUUCAGAUCAUCACUAUCGUCAAAGAAAAUUGGCCAAUAAAGGAAUAGUUAGACCACCAAAGGAAUCGAGGACCAGUACUGUUGAUACUACUACUAAUCGGGUUAAAAGAAGUAAGAGCAAAAGAGGCAGACCAUCAAACAAGGGGAAAUUAUCUGGGGGAAAAUCAUCGGAGUUUUAUUAUUAUCCCGGGUUUGGUCCGUUAUGGGGCAAGAGUAAAAGAGGCAGACCAUCAGAUGAAGUUAAGAAACAACCAGAUUCAGAAGAAAAUUUAGAUGAAGAAAAGCAAGUUAUUAUUGAUGAAGCCCUAAUUACUACUCAUGGAAUAAGUCCAGUGAAAGUCACAGAGGAUAAUGGUUGUAUCAUGUUCGUUGAUGACGAGUUUGAUGAUGAUUAUAACACCGAUGAAGAUUGUAAUGGUGUUAAUGGCAAGACAAAAAACCGAAAACCCAUCAAAGCUCGAUCACUCAAUUCACUGUUCUGAUUGGAUUUUUAGUUUUUGGGAUUCAAACUUUUUUGAUGAUGUCCAGGGAGAUAUAGUAAAUUAGUACUUCAGGUAGUGGUGGUGGAGUCAUAGGAUAGAUAGAGCUUGUCGUGUCUCCUCAUGGAUGGAUGGGACUGGGGAAAUAAUUAACGUAUUUUGUAAAGGGUGUUUU